UUAGAAACAAUCUGAAGAAACGAGCGCCUCCGCUUCCUUUAGUUUGUGCAGGUGUUUGAUUGGGUGUGAGUGAGUGUUUAAGUAUGCACUAGAAGUCAUGUUACUGUAGGGCGCUCGGUGUGCAGGAGAAGAUUCACAGCUCUUAAGAACAAGUAGCCAACACCAGUUUCCCAAUGGCUGAAAACAACUUUCCUCCUCUGCCUGGCUUUAUUCCUCUGAAGCCGUGCUUCUACCAGGACUUUGAGGAGAUUCCUGACCAGCACCGAACCAUGUGCAAGAGACUCUAUCACCUGUGGAUCCUGUACGGCGUGACGCUGCUGGUGAAUUUCUUCGGCUGUAUGGCGUGGAUGUUCGGAGGCGGAGGAGUGACUAACUUUGGCAUGUCCAUCAUCUGGGUUGUUCUCUUCACCCCCUGCUCUUAUGUGUGUUGGUUCAGACCCAUUUACAACGCCUUCAAGACCGACAGCUCAUUCUACUUCAUGGCGUUCUUCUUUGUCUUCAUGGCACAACUGUUCAUUGCUAUAAUUCAGGCCAUUGGUAUACCAGGAUGGGGCGUUUGCGGCUGGUUGGGCACCAUCUCCUUCUUUGGCACGAGUAUCUUUGCCUCCAUCAUCAUGUUAAUCCCCACCCUCAUGUUCACCGCGGUCGCUACCAUCUCGUUCGUGGUGCUCACGAAGGUUCAUAACUUCUACCGCGGCAGCGGCGGCAGCGUGAGUAAAGCGCAGGAGGAGUGGGUCUCCGGCGCCUGGAAGAACCCUCACGUCCAGCAGGCGGCUCUGAGCGCAGCGGCCGGAGCGAUGCAGGGACCGCAGGGACCGCAGACGCCGCCCUACUCCACUCCCCCCAACGACAACGCCCUGUAAAACACAGACCAACCCGCUGACCGGAAACUGAUGCAGAAGAAACUCCAGGUGGAACCAACCAAGUGAUGCUUGGGAUUUUUGUAGUUUUUGUAAAUGUUUGUGUUUUUGUUUUAUGUGUUGUGUCUAUUUUGGCCUAUUUGCUCCCAGCUAAGUAAAGUAUGUUCUGAGAAUGUUUUUCUAACAUUACUAUUCAGUUAUGAAAACAUUCAAAACAUCAACAUUUAAUUGUAUCAUUUUCCAAACAUUCCAUGAACGUUACAUUUGAAUGUUCUCUGAACAUUCUGAAACAAGUCUGAAAAAAUAAAUAAAUGAGAUAAAUGUCAAACUAUAUAAAGUUUCAUAAAUGAAACAUUCUAAUGAAUAACUUAUAAAUACCAUGUGUGUGCUAAUGUUUUGAGAACACUAUUCAAGACCAGAUACUGUAACUUUGAAUGAACAUUGUAUUUGUUCAUAACUUUCAGAGAACCUCGCCACAACGUUAGCCAAAGUUCUGAGAACAUUUUUUUGUUAGCUGGAUUGCUCUUAUGUGACUGCAUUAAAUUAUGAAUGAGUUUAUGUAGAUUAGGGUUCCCAUGGACAUGGAAAAGUUGGAAAUAUCAGGGAAUUUUAAAAAUGAGAUUUCUAGUCAAGGGAAUUAAUACAAUAUUUAACACAUCAUGGAAAUUCCUAAAGUCUUUUGUAAAAUAUCAAUUCAGCUAGAAAUUGUCUGUGAAAUGAAAAAGAUAGAAACAUUUGUAUCUUUUAAUUACAAAUGGCUAAAAAUCUAUAUGCAUUUUUGUCGUGAAUAUAUAUUUUUCUAGUUAUUGUUUGUUUGUUUAAAUUAUUUGAUCUUUUAGAAACACAAUCUCAAAUAAAUGACUUCUAAAAAUAUUUUAGUAUUCAUAAACGACUAGAUGAUUACUGUAUUAAGUAAUUUACAUGACACCAUUUUCAACUAAAAACAGCAAACGUUUUUUUUUGUUUUGGCUGUUCAUUUACAGCAGCAUUUCAGAAGCCUGAAAACACAAAAAAGUGCAAAGUGCAUGUUUUUGAAAACGAUACCGUUACCACCUCCAUGUAAACUGCAAAAACGUGAAUUUCUGAAAACGGUUACAGUAUAUCAUGCGCAUUACAACCAUAAUACAGCGUUUUUAGUUAUCGUUUUUGAUAACGUUGUCAUCUGUACGCAAAGCUUUUCAAGAAUGCAAAGGAUAAUUGUGUCUAUUUUUAGUGCGUCAUUGUUGUGUAAAUGGACCCUUAGACUUGUUAUAUUUGAGAUAUGUGUAUGUGUUGAAAAUAUUUAGUACGAGGGGUCUCUUUGUUUUGUCUGUCACUUAAACAUGUCGGAUGUUGAGGAACGCAGAUGAAGCAAUCCUGUUUGAAAUGCACUGCUCAUUUUUUUCUUUAUUAUACCCGUAUGUGAAAAGGGAAUUGACUCCAACUUUGCUUUGAUUUUAGACAUUUGUUUUCCAUGUGAUAUGAAACAAAUGUUACUGAUUCAUAACUUGAAUUUAAAUAAA